AUGAUGUUCGAAGCCAUUGAGGACACGCAGGACAGCCAGCCGGCGGAGGAGGAGGCGCCGCCCUCGCCGGGGGACGAGAGUGCCAGCCAGGCCUCGCACAGUACCGUAGCGAAUGAGAACGAGACCAGCGAUCAGGCUGAGGACGGGCAUGACGGGAACGACGCCAGUGCAGCAGAUGCGAAGGCCUCCAAGACAAAGCCGCACCAGAAGCUCCGCAAGUGCCCCAUCUGCGGCAAGGAGUACCGCGCGUCGUCCAGCUACUUCUACCACAUGAAGUACGUGCACGCGCGCAGCCGCGAGCACGCGUGCGCGGCGUGCGGGCGGCGCUUCGCCACGCGCGCGGGCCUCGCGCAGCACGCCGCGCUGCACUCGGCCGACAGCCGCUACGCCUGCGCGCUGUGCGACAAGCGCUUCCGCUCCAACGCCAGCCUGUACAUCCACGCGCAGACGCACGGCGCGCACAAGGCGUGGGCGUGCGCGGCGUGCGGGCGCGCGUUCCGCUGGCGCGCGGCGCUGCGGCGGCACGCGGCGCGCCACGCGGGCACGCGGCCGCACGCCUGCGCGCGCUGCCCGCGCGCCUUCAGCGUGCGCGCCGACCUGCUGCGCCACGCCGCCACGCACGCGCGCGGGGACCACGCCUGCGACACGUGCGGCCGCCGCUUCGCGCAGCUGCGGUACCUCAAGGUGCACAUUAAGAAGAAGCACUAG